GUUUUGUGUGAGCUUCACAUUUGGCAGUACCUCUCCAACCAACAUAAACAUCAAAAUGAAACUGUUCAUCGUCGCUGCUUUAGUCGCUGUGUGCGCCGCUGGUCGUCUCGAACAUCUCGAGCGCUCUUACCUACCUCCUGACAGCAGCAAUUCUCUAGGAUUCGGUUCUAGCCGUUCACAAAACGGCUUCGGUUCCAACGGACAGGGAAGCCAAGGUUUCGGCUCCCACGGUUCCUCUGGCAAUUUCGGCUCAAACGGCGGUUUUCAUGGCGCCUUCGGAUCGAACGGUGGUUCCAGUGCUGGUUUCCGUUCAAACGGCAAUGGUUUCGGUUCAUCAAAUGGCAACGGAUUUGGUGCUGCCACAUCUAACCAGUACCUGCCACCUAACUACAGCUCAUCUGGAUCUCACGGUUUAGCUAGAAGUGGAUCUAUCGGAGCUCCAAGCACACAGUAUGGUACUCCAUCCUUUGGCAACAACGGUUUCGGAGCCCAGGGUGGGUCUCAGUAUUCCCAGGGUGCGCAGUACCGCUCUCAGUCCGGUGGUGCCGGCCCCAGCAACCAGUACCUCGCGCCUGCUCGCUCCAACUCCUUCCAGAACGUUCCCCAGCAGAACUUCGACGAGCAGACUGGCUACCAUUACUAGUGCAUAUAUCUUUGUAACCGCUUAGCUAAUGUGAUUAUUCUUUCAAUGUUAUAUACUUGAAUAUAUUUACUCGUAUUAAUAA